UGUUCAUCAUCCAUCUCUCAACUUUUCAAUUCUCUCCUUUUCCUUUUCUACCCUUCUCCAUGGCUUCUAUUUACCCUUUUGCCAUUCUUCUUCUUUUCUGCUCUGUUCAACCUUUGCUUGCUGUUUUAGUUCAAGAACAACCUCUGGUGCUCAAGUACCACAACGGCGUUCUCUUGAAGGGAAACGUCACCGUUAAUCUGAUAUGGUACGGCAAGUUCACCCCUAUCCAGCGCUCUAUAAUCGUUGAUUUCAUCACUUCUUUGAGCUCCACCAGAGCGCCGCUUCCUUCCGCCGCCUCCUGGUGGAAGACUACUGAGAAGUACCGUGGCGGUUCUUGCUCUCUUCGUGUCGGCCGCCAAAUCCUCCACGAGGAGUACACUCUCGGAAAAAUCCUCAAGUCUACUCAUUUACUUGCUUUAGCCUCUAAAACGAACUUCGCCAUGGACUCCAUCAACGUUGUUUUGACAGCGCAAGACGUCGCCGUUGAUGGAUUUUGCAUGAGCAGGUGCGGGACUCACGGAUCAUCUCGCCGAUCGGGUCGAGGCACCUAUAUUUGGGUCGGUAACUCAGAGACUCAGUGUCCAGGUCAAUGCGCCUGGCCUUUCCACCAGCCAAUUUACGGUCCACAGACACCACCUUUAGUAGCGCCCAACGGAGACGUUGGAGUUGACGGCAUGAUCAUAAACUUGGCUACUCUCUUAGCCAACACCGUCACCAAUCCUUUUAACAGCGGCUACUUCCAGGGUCCACCAACAGCUCCUUUAGAGGCGGUAUCCGCUUGCACUGGGAAAUUUGGAUCGGGUUCAUACCCGGGCUAUCCGGGUCGGUUAUUGGUGGACAAGGCCACGGGGGCUAGCUAUAACGCCCACGGUGUCAAUGGGCGUAGGUAUCUGUUCCCGGCUAUGUGGGAUCCGCAAACAAGCGCAUGCAGAACACUCGUGUGAUGAUGACACGUUGCAACGAUAUAAACGUGGCGGGAUCUGUGCGGCGUAUUUUAUGUAAAUAUAUGGGAAAGAUCUGAUGAUGGGAAGCAAAGGAGGGUGCGGCGGCCGUGGUGGGGUGAAUGAUGGGAUAGAGAUUUCCUUUUGCCUUUUUCUUUUUGCUUUUUUUAAAAUAAUAAUCAUUAGUUUUUAAUAUUUUGUAAUGGUUGUCGUUUUCCGUGACGUGUAAAUUAAAUGUUCAGAAAAAAGUAAAAUAAAGUUGAUAAAAAUGAAAUAUA